GCAAAUUCAGUUUCGAGAUGUCCCAAAGAUGCCAGCCACAUAAAUAUUUAUUAUUUUGACAUAAUAAUUAUUAUAAUGGCUCAUCAAAUUAUUAAAGGCGUGGAAUUUUACCUUAAUUGACCCCCAAGUCGACUCGUUACUCUAGGCCACACUCACUAAUGGUGGGGGUAAAUGAAAUGGAGACUAUUAAAAUGGAAGAGUUUCGUUCCAACCUGCUCCUCCUGUUGCAAUGCGGCUACCCUGAGGGACUGCCAAUGAAUCAGCUCAAGGCGGAGUAUAAACAGUUCUUCAUGGAAGAAGUGGCUCCCGAACUCAUCCUGCCUCGCGGUUACAAAAAUAACAAACAUUGGGACACGCUCUUUCAAAUGAAGGAAUUUCGAGAGGAUUUCACCCUCUUCUACAUGGGCACAGCCGUCUACAUUAAGGCAAUACGGAAGAGAAACUUUACGGAGAUGAAACUAAUAGCUUCGCUUGCUAAACAUUCCCAUUUAACGUUGGUCAAGUCGGCAGAUUUCCGAUGCGGUUGUUGUCCACAGGAUAUGUGGAAACAAGUUGCGAAAGAGACGGCACAGGGCCCACUCAACUGUUCUUCGACACAACAACAAUCAAUGAUGUUAAUUGAUGGUGGUGGGAACCAACAGCAGCAUAAUCAACAUCACAAUGUUUCUGCUGGAUCCCAACCACACGGCACACAAUCGGUAGAAGAUAUCAUCGUCAAAAUUGAACCACACCAAAUGAUGACAAAUGGGGAUGACGAUGAGAGCAGUAGUAGCAGAGGGGCAUCGACGACUACACAUCACACGACCAGUGAUGGGAGUAUUUAUUCCAUAGUUCAACAGGCGGCUCAUGGUAAUCAUCACCAACCGGCUAAUAAUUAUGUUAAUGGUGGCUCUAUUGAUGCUGCUGGCAGUAGUACUAGCAACACCAAUGAUGGAUUUAUGUUAGAUCAUCAGUUAAGAGUUCAGGAACAAACAACUUCACCACAAGGUCAAAGCCUGCAAGCAUUUGCCUCCCUGCUCAACUCAACUGGGGGUCAGCUUCCUGUUCCUGAAGGAGGUACUCAGCCCUUUUACACAUUUGUGAUCCAAAAUGGGGAAAUAAAGGUCAUGCAAAUUGUGUCAUCUGGAGCAGAGGGGGCAAGUGCAAAUGGUGAAGCCUUGACAAUUCCGUCACCAAACACGACAGUAACGUGUCAAACUCCAACUGCUAAAAAGUCCCUGCCUCAUAAUAAACGAACUCCGCCUUCCCCUGCAGCAGUUGCCGUGAAAGCAGAAAAUGAAAUCUUUCUCUGUUCUAUGCCCGGUUGUGGUGAAAAUUUUGUUAUCAAGCAACACUUGCAAAAUCAUGAGCGUACUUGCAGUAUGAAGAAAUACCCGUGUCUAUUUCCAGGCUGUGAUCGCCGUUUCAAAAAUAGCAAGCAACGCCAUGCCCAUAUGACGUCAAGGCACAAGGGAACAGAGAAUGCAUUUCGUUGCACAGUUCCAGAUUGCACAGCCGUGUUUAAAACAAACGAUAGGUUAAAAGUCCAUGAAUCACGUUGCAGGUUUAAAUACGAGCAAUUUCAACUAAUGGACUUGGAUGCACUCGAAGCUGCAAAUAACAACAAUCCAAGUUUCACGCCUUCAUUAAAUCAUUCGUCCGUUCCUAAUUUAAACAGUAGUACUGAGUCUAUCGAACCUCAACCAACUUUAACAACUGAGCCAAAUGCUGCCUUUACUGCUUCGUUACAGCAACAACAGCAACAACAAGCUGCCUCAUCAAUCAUCUCACCAGAAAGAGUCAUCGUAGUUCCAAAUCCUAAUGCACAGCGCUCCCCUAGUGUAAAUGGGAAUCCAAACAGCAAUCCCUCUUCCUCCUCCUCCUCAUCAUCAACAAUUCAAGUUCAAAUUCCCAAUACACCUGAAUUUCAAGGAAUUUCUAAUUUCUCCACAGUAGACCUGUCACUCGUCAAGUCUGAAAUCAUGGAAUAGUUGAUCUGAUCUGACGAUAAUUAGAGUCUCUUCGUCAUCCACAAAAGGAAGUGGUCCUCUCGUUCUCUCACCUUGUUGCCGUUGUUGUUAUAAAAACCCAUCCAACCACACUCCAUUACUAUUUUACUACUGCAUAGGUGUAUCUAAUCUAUCAUUAUUAUUAUUAUGAAGUAACAUAACAUUGACAAUUUUAUUUUGACGACAUCAAUCGGAUAAUCAACCGAUAUAAUUUGUUUUAGAAAAUGUGACUGGUUGUAGAAUUGCGAAUAACAAGUAGUUUAGGUAAAUAAUUUAGGUAUAUAUAUUUUAGUAAACAUCGAAUUUUACUGACAAUUAUUAUUUUGACUAUUUCAUGUAAAACUAUAAUAAAAUCGCAGCAGUGUGUAAUAAUAAACGAACGGAACGAAAAGAGUGGUGCAACAUUGGUACAACUAAAUAUGAGUGUUUAUAUUGAUACCUAAUUCCAAUUCCAUUAUUAUGUUUAUACAAUCUUUGAUAAGUGUUACUUAUACUAACGUGUUGCUAAUUUUAGGUAAACCAUACCGCUACUACAUACAUAUAAAAUAUUAAGACUUUUACAAAACAUAUUGCAUAUGUUUCACACAUAUAUUUAUAUAUAUAUAUAUAUAUAUUCAUAUAAUGUAGUGUUAGCCUGUUUUUAAUUUGUAAAUCAGAAAUAAUAUACAUAAAUGCGCCCCCAUCAAUGGAUGUCCACCUUCCGGAAUCUUGUGGUUUUUCGGUUCGUGGUAAUGGUAAAAAACGUAAACGGUGCUGUACAUUUGGUACAUUGUUUAAAAAAAAUAUUGUUAUAUAUUCAACAAAGUGUCGUUGUGCAGCACCUCUCCUCAUUAACCUAUUAACUAUAAUGGAAGGACGCUUUAUGAAAUGUAUAAUUUUUCAUACAUGCAAGUUUUUGGUUUCAUAUUACCAGUAAAAAAAGUGAAUAUAAAAACAAAAAGUGAGUUAUUGAUAAAACCGAUGCUGUUGGGGAUGUAAUUAUUAUCAUUGUUGUUCUUAUUGUUACAACAUGUUUAAAUUUCGGAAUAAAACCCGAAGUAUAAAAAAGAA